AUGAUGAUGAAAAAUGGUGGAAGUUAUUAUCCGUCACCUUAUAAAACGACACCUUUCAAUGGAAUGCUCAAUAAUUUUGGUGUAGGAUCACAUGGUGUUCCAUCGUUUUAUAACUUGCAACUUCAACAAGGUCCACAACAACAGCAACAACAACAACAACAACAACAAAAAACUAAAAAGCAUUUAAUACAUGAACAAAGUCAUGAUACAGCUCCAAAUAUUCUUUCAUUUAAAUUAUAUGAUUUGGAUACAACUGAUAAUAAUGAAAUAAUUCGACUUAUAUUUUCAUUUGCUGAUGUUUCAUAUAAAAAUAAACGUUUAAGACAAGAUGAAUGGAUUAAAAUAAAAGAACAUAUGUCAUUUGAACAUUUGCCUAUUUUACGUAUAAAUCAUGACUUUAAAAUUUUUCAAUUACAUGCUAUUAUACGUUAUUUAGCAAGAGAAUUUCAUUUAUAUGGUACAGGUCAACAUGAUCAUGCUAUUGUUGAUAUUGUUUAUGAAACAAUUCGUGAAUUUCAAGAAAAAAUUUCUCAACAAAAUAAUAAUUCAUCAAUUAAUCAUGAACAAACAUUACAUCAAUUAAUAAUAGAUAUUUCAACAAUAUAUUUAAAACAAUUAGAAAAUUUUUAUGAAAUAUUUAAUCGUCAUGGUCCAUUUUAUUUAGGUUCACAUAUAUCAUUAGCUGAUUUAAUUGUCUAUGAUACAAUAAAUUAUUUAAUUAAAAUUGAUACAAAAUUACUUGAUAAUUUUUCUCAUUUAAAAGAAGCAUAUCAACGUUUAGAAAAACAUCCAAGGUUAUUAAAUUAUUUGAAUACAAAAAAUAAUAAUAAUGAAAUUAAAAAACAUCAUAAAUCUCCACAUUCACAUCGUCAUACAACAAAAUCACCUGUACCAAAUGCACCGCCUCAUCAGCAUCGACAUCGAUCACAUGAAGGACAUGAAUUAGGUCACCGUCAUUAUCAUCAUCGUCAUCAUCAUCAUCAUCACCAUCAUCGACAUAAUUCGAAAGAACCAACACCACUUUUACAAACGAAACAACGAUCAAUAAUAUCAUCAAAAUCACCUACGAUUUCAAGAAAAGAUAUAGAACAGCCACCAUUAGUUCCAAAAAAGAAACAACCAUCAGUAAGAUCAUCACAAUCACCUAGUGUUUCAACGAAAGAUAUUGAACCAGCACCACCACCAGCUCCACAAACCAAAAAACGAUCAAUAAGAUCAUCAAAAUCUCCUAGUAGUUCAAGAAAAGAUAAAGAACCAACACCAUUACGAGCAACUGACGUUAUACCACCACCGCCACCACCACCAACAAUACCGCAACCACCACCGCCCCCCAUCAAUUAUCACUGA